AUGGAGGAGGAUAACCACAUUCUCGGGGAAGACCUACCGCUCCCACCAGCACGACUGUUCGAGAGGCUUGCGCAGCUGCCCGGUUAUGUCUGGGAUCAGUCCGUUGAGCCAUUCCAUUCAACUUACAACCAUUGGCAUGUCCUCGGCCUUCGUCAUUGUGCAGAAUCCGACGUCUCAACCCCCGCCGCGACCUCCUCAGGUCCGUCUAGCCUAGCCCGUAACUCCCCGCGCGCCGAGUCCCGUCCGUUUUUCCGCCAUCACUGGAGGAGUAGCCUGAGCGAAUCGAGUAGCGAACUGUCAUUGUCUCGCGCAGAUCAUGAAUCAGUAUGGGUGCCAGUAGUGGCUCGAGUUUCCUCUCAUGUAGUGAGACUCGAGCGGGAGUUUCACAUGUUGAGAUCCAUCGUGCAGACGUCGGAUCCAGACUGCAAUCACACUAUUCGACCGAUUGAUCUUAUCCGGCUGCCACCAGAUCCAGGCGAUAUAGGACCGCUGUUGGUUGCCAUAUUCGAAUCGCCAGGCCCGAACUUCUUGCGUGAGCUGGUCGCAUUUGGACCUGCGUGGUUUGCGGCUGGCGUCAAGAGCGAUAACGUACCGACUCCGGACGAGCAGGUCUCUCUUCCGGUAUUUCUCGAUUUUGCCAUCGGCGCAUGUGAUUGCCUGGAGCUACUGCACUAUGGCCUCAAGACGGUGCAUGGUGAAAUCAGAGGUGAUGCUUUUCACUUCAACCGGGAGACAGGGUCAGUAAAGCUUCUUAGCACGGGGAACGGCGCAAGAUCCUUUGAAAAUAUACUCAGCGACGGCUGGUCCUCGCUCUCUCGAGAACUCGGCGUCAAAAACAAGCUGCAAUUCGUUGCACCCGAGCAGACAGGGAGGAUGCCUACUGAACCGGACAGUCGCACAGACAUAUAUGCGCUUGGUGUGCUAUUCUGGACUAUGUUGAUAGGAAAACCGGCCUUCACGGGAGCUGAUCCGGUCGAGGUUGUGCAGAACGUCUUCGGAAAGAAACUACCACCCGUCUCAACAAAGAGAAUGGAUAUUCCUGACGCAAUUUCGGCUGUUAUCCAGAAAAUGACCCAGAAGGCCGUCAAUGAGCGCUACCAUACCAUUUCAUCGGUGAAGAGGGAUCUAACACAGAUUUCCCAGCUUCUUGGCGACGGCGAUAGCGAAGCGCUGAAAGACUUCCAGAUUGCUCAGCGCGACGUGUCCUCUUUCUUCACGCUUCCGACCGGGAUGUUUGGCCGACGGGAGGAAUAUGACAAAGUAAUUGGUGUGGUGGGGAGAGUUUACAGAAGGCAACAGUCUGCGCAAGCCCGGGCGGCUGCUCAUGGCUCCAGUGGAGUGGGGUCCAACUCUUCGGUGUCGGACGGCCGUGUUGACAGCUUCGAGAUUGCGUCGGGCUCAAGCGACUCUGGCUCAUUUCACUUGGCGCCGAGGACCAACUCAAACGGCACCCAAUACAAUAUUGGGCGUGUCUCAACACAUGAAUCUUUGCAUAGCACAGAAUCGUCCCUUUCAACCACUAAGCCCGGAUAUACCUCCAACAAGGCCAAAAGUCCUGCCGAACCUCGUGCUUCCGUGGAUAGCACAGAGCGUGACAGUCACUCCCCGUCGGUUGCGAACGCACAGACCUAUACGGAUCCCCUUGUCCCAGGCGCCAGACAGAAGGCCGCAAACAAGCUUCGAAAGAACGGGAAUUGUGAGGUAAUCACGAUCAGUGGUCCUGCUGGCAUUGGAAAGACAGACCUUAUGAAUCGCGUCCAGCCGGCAAUACGUAAGCUUGGCUACAUCGGAAUCGCUCGCCUGGACCGAGCCAGACGAAUCCCUUUCGAGCCUUUUGCCAAAAUUCUGGCGUCUCUCCUACGUCAGAUUUUCUCUGAGCGUGAUGUGACAACGGAUUACCACAAUAGCGUUCGCAUGGCCUUAAGACCAAUGUGGGCCACUCUCCACAGGGUCUUGGAGCUUCCAGAACAGCUGAUGUCCGCGGGAGGCAAGGAACUGGAAAUCUCACCGAAGCUCUCAGUAGCUCAGCACAUUUUCAGGGAUGUCUCUAUCAGAGGCUCCGAGCCCUCGAAGCGCCUCGCCAUGCCUCGUCUUGAUCAUGGGCAAAGCUCCGUGGAGUUCUUCCUGUCGAACGCCGCGUCAAAAAACAUGCGGUUGAUGGAGACGUUCCUAGAGAUUCUCAGGACUCUAUCUCAGUUCAAAAUGAUAUGUGUUUGUGUGGAUGAUUUGCACUACGCAGACGACGAGACCCUCGAGUUGAUUCUGAAUAUACUCCGGGCCAAGAUUCCUUGUGUGCUGAUCGUCACAAGUCGGAAGGCUGAGCUGGAAUCCGAGGCUAUCAAAUCACUCUUCGAGUCCGAGAACCCCAAUGUGACCAGAAUAGAGCUCAGCUCUCUGGGGGAGAAUGAGAUCAUGCAAUAUGUAGCGGCUACGAUGCACCAGGAUCCAAAUCCGGGGUUGACUCCCCUUGCUGCCGUCAUCCAGGAAAAGAGUUUAGGCAAUCCUUUCUACGUCAGAUUGAUGCUUGAGACCUGCUACAGCAAAAAUUGUAUCUGGUAUUCCUGGAAGAACUCAAGGUGGGAGUUUGACCUGGAUCGAAUCUUCACUGAGUUUGUCGCUCCAAGGUACGGCGAGGGUCUUGGCCUUGGAUUCAUCGCAAAACGCCUCCAGGAAAUCCCAGUAGCUGCCCGGUCCAUCAUGGUAUGGGGAGCUCUGCUGGGGAGUCCCUUUCCGUUUUCUCUUGUUCAGAAACUGCUUACCAGCGAGUUCCUGUAUUCCAGCGAGGAUGAUGAGACUGUCGACUUGACAUGCCCACAAAGUGCCAGUAUGAUCCGACAGUCUGAGGCUGAUAUAGUAGUUGGACUUCAGUAUCUUGUCCAAGCGAACUUGAUUGUCCCAGGAAAGACCGACGACGAGUUUAGAUUUGCCAAUGAUCGACUUGCACAAGCGGCGACUUCGUUGACCGAGGGUCGCAACGUCGACAAAAUGCAUUUCAUUAUAUCGCAGGCGAUGAUGAAAUACUACCACGAUAGUCGCAGUCGCUAUGCGAUCGCUCGGCACAUUGGCCUUGCUUCCCGGAUCGUCAGGUCUCGCGUCGUUCAAAGAGUCGACUACAGAAAGAUCUUAUGGGAUGCCGCACAGACUGCUUCUCAAUCCGGUGCUAGGCCAACCGCGCUAUGGUACUUCCGCCACUGUAUUGCUUUGCUUCAGGAUAACCCCUGGGACGAGAACAAUACCGAUGUCUACUACGAUGAGACGUUGCGCCUACAUAUCGCGACGGCUGAGAUGCUCUGGUCUCAGGGCCAUCAUACUGAGGCUCUGCGACUUCUCGACGAGGUUUUUGCCCAUGGCAAGAGUGCCGUCUGCAAAGCAAGGGCUUGGAUUGUGAAAGCCAAGAUAUAUGCUCAGAUGGGCAAUCAUUACAAGUCUAUGAACUCGCUUCUGACAUGCCUGGAGGAACUGGGCGUCCACCUUCGGGAGCCUACUACUUACGAAGCUUGCGAUGCUGCGUACGGCAAUCUGAAGGCAUACCUUGAGAACGCCGAUCUGGAAGUCAUUGUUCGCAGACCCAAGAGUAAGGAUAUUAACAUGAUCACCAUCGGGGCCGUCAUGGCGGAGGCAAUGGCUGUGACCUAUUGGGAUGAUGCGUUGACAUUCUACCGGAUGGCUAUCGAGAUGAUGAACCUCCAUCUUUUCAAGGGCGGGUUCGUGCAAAUUUCGAUUGGCUGUUCCCAUCUCUCGAUGAUAUCCUUCAGUCGCUUUAGAGACCUCGAGUUUGCCGCCAAACUCAAUGAGUGUGCAUUGACCCUCUUGGACUGUUGUCCGGAGCCAUGGACUCAGCGUAGGGGCACAAUCGUCCACAAUCUCUACAUCAGCCACUUGCGAGUCCCAAUGCCGUCCACACUUCCAGUGCUCGAGACGUCUGUUGAAGUUUCCUUCACGAUGGGCGACCCUUACAUCACACUGAUCAGUCUGUCAUCGAUGGCGAUGACCAGACUGUGGCUGGGACACGAUAUGGCUCAAGUUGAACAGUUCUGCACCGAAAGUCCUGACGAUAUUCCGGAUUGGUCCAAGGACACGCGGGGUGGCGCCAGUCUUUUAGCUGUCCGACAAGCCUCUCGCGCUCUUCAGGGAAAGACAUUCUAUCGUAAUCCCAACACUAUCAUGGAUGACGAGCACCAUAGUACCGACGAAUACAUUGCCUUCUUAAACACGAAUGCCAGUAACGCUGAUCGUCCUCGGGACAUCUAUUGGGGGUUAGCUAUGAUACCCCUUUUCCUAUACGGACAUCACACCAAGGUGAUAGAGACGGGAAUGUCGAUGAUGGACACGAUUCCUAGGCUCUGGUCUGCUCGCGUUGGAUAUGUGGUCUACUUUUACUUAGCUCUAUCUCUACUGACACUCCACAACGAUUUCCCUGCGGGUGGAUAUAUGGACGGUGACAACCUGAAGACGGUGUUGAAGUAUAAGGCGGAGGUUGAUUUUGCGCGAAGCGCCUGCGAUGCCAAUUACGGCAUGUGGUCAUUGAUUCUUGAAGCCUUGAUCUCCGAAGUCCGAAAUGACCAUACGUCCGCCAUUCAAGCUUUCGAGGCUGCAAUUGAUCACUGCCAAAUUCACGGCUGGCCGAUGGAGGAGGCCUUGGCUCUUGAACUACAUGGUGAAUUUCUAAUCAGGCGCGGCGCCAAAAGAGCAGCGCGUUCUGUGAUGCAGGACGCGAUAGCUGCGUGGGCUGGGAUUAGUGCUGUUGGGAAAGCAUCACAACUCACAGAGAAACACGAGUGGCUUUUGAAAACAGCAACAUCCUCCAGAUGUGCUGACGUCGGUGUUCAGACUGUUGACUCGCUUCUUGGUAUCGAGCGGAACACAGCCCAAGAAGACAUGACCAUCUCUCAAGACGUGGAGAGGGACGAUAGAAAACAUCGUUGGAUUGAGCAGAAUGGAGUCACUGCGGGGGAGCGUUCGCUCGAUAUCUCUAGUGUUGGGCUGGAUAUCAUCGAUUUGUCUAGCAUCCUCGAGUCGAGCCAAGUGAUGUCCUCUGAACUUCAGAUUGAUAAACUCCUCACCAAGAUGAUUGAGAUCGUGUUGGAAUCUUGCAAUGGAUCCGAUUUUGCCGUGAUCGCAACAGACUUUGACGAUAAUGGCUUCGCAGUCGCCGCAACUGGUGACCUGGAGAAGGGACAGAGGUCCUUCGUCGAUGGUCUUCCCCUGUCGGAGUUCGACGAUAAAAUGGCACAGCAGAUAUGUCACUACGUGAUUCGCACGAAAGAAGAGGUUCUUGUCCACAAUUUCCUCGAGGACGAUCGGUUUUCCAACGCCAGCGAGGCCUAUCAGAACAAACAUCCCAUGGGAAGGUCUGUCAUUGCACUGCCUAUUAUGCAGGCAGACCACCUCCUGGGCGUCAUUCAUAUUGAAGGCAAGCCGAACUCUUUCACUCAACGCAAUGUUGUAGUGCUUCAUCUGCUCUGCAACCAGAUUGGCAUCUCUUUGGCCAAUGCGCUGCUCUUCCGUGAAGUCCGCAGGGUUAGCGCCACCAACGCAGCUAUGAUUGAAGCACAGAAGCGUGCCCUCGCGCAGGCUCGUGAGGCGGAGCAUAAAGCCAAGGUGGCAGAAGCAGAAGCCAAGCACAACGUGAAACUGAAGGAGGAUGCCGCUAGAGCCAAGUCCAUCUUCCUAGCCAACAUCUCCCAUGAUCUCAGGACGCCAAUGAACGGUGUCAUUGGUUUGUCGGAGCUCCUCAAGGGAACAAAUUUGAACAAGGAACAGGAUGAAUACGUCGAGUCUAUACGGGUCUGUGCUGAUACACUCCUUACGCUCAUCAACGACAUUUUAGACUUCUCGAAGUUGGAGGCAGGGAAAAUGAAGAUAUCGACCGUUCCUCUCAACGUCAAAGAGACCAUUUCUGAAGUCGUGCGCGCUUUGCGCUACACGCACCGGGACCGCGGCCUCGUGACUAUCGAAGACCUGGACAAAGUUCCACCAGAUCUCGUGGUUCUGGGGGAUCCUGUCCGUUUACACCAAAUCUUCAUGAAUCUCUUGAGCAACAGCUAUAAGUUCACACCAAAGGGAUCCAUUACCGUCCGAGCCAAGGUCUCACGGGAGGGCAAGAAUCGUGUGCGCCUAGAGUGUGCAGUGUCUGAUACUGGAAUUGGUAUUCCUGAGGAGCAAAAGUCGCGUCUUUUCAAGCCUUUUUCGCAGGCCGACAGUUCCACGGCAAGGUCGUACGGUGGUAGUGGACUGGGACUUAGCAUAUGCAAGGCCAUUAUCGAGGAUGUCCUCGGCGGAGCGAUCUGGCUGGAUUCGACUCCUGGUGUUGGCACCACAGUGACCUUCCACCUGUCAUUCAACAAAGCCAAGGAUUCUGUGACAAAAGCGCCGUGGUCAAACGGCUCUGCCGCUGGGGAGAACCAGGUGGCACGCCGACCGAUGGCGCGUGAUUUAACCAUGAUCCCUCGCGAUCAGAUCCGUGUUUGUAUUGCUGAAGAUAAUCCCAUCAACCAAAAGAUUGCCGUGAAAUUUGUUACCGGCCUUAACUUGCAAUGCGAAGCGUACAGCGAUGGGCGCCAGGCAGUUGAAGCUCUGCGGGCACGCUCUCAGGAGGGCAAUCCGUUCCACGUGGUGCUGAUGGACGUGCAGAUGCCUACUCUGGAUGGCUACAAUGCGACUCGCGAGAUCCGCAAGGACCCAGAUCCCAACGUGAACGAGGUUCUCGUGAUCGCCAUGACUGCCAGUGCCAUCGAAGGGGAUCGCGAGAAGUGCCUUGAGGCCGGAAUGAACAAUUACUUACCGAAGCCGGUCCGCUCUACGGUUCUUAGUGAGAUGCUUGACAACUAUCUUGCGCCUGCGCCAACGUACACCAAGACUCGCCUGGCAAUGCGUGCGAGAGGGAGCAUCAGCUCCGAAGUCGGCACUCCAAGUAGUACGUCGUCAUCCGGUUCGGAGCUGGUGAUUGCACUGACCCCCGAGGACGAGAAGAUCCCCGGCAGGUCCAGUGGGGCGUGA